GCGACAAUGUCCCAACCCAAGGUCUAUAUAGUAAUCUAUUCGCUCUAUCAUCAUGUUCACACAUUAGCACUUUCGGUAUUAGAAGGUAUAUGUCUUGAAUCCAAAGGCAUAGACGCAAAGAUUUUUCAGGUAGAGGAAUCGCUUUCAGAGGAUGUUCUUCGCACUAUGCACGCUCCGCCUAGACCAAAUCUACCCAUCGCAACCCCAAGUCAGCUUGUAGAAGCAGAUGGAAUUAUCUUUGGAAUCCCCACACGUUUUGGUAUGGUUCCAGAGCAAAUAAAGACACUUUUGGAUGCUACAGGCCAGCUCUGGGCAGCAGGUAGCUUAAUUGGCAAAUUCGCUGCAACAUUCUUUUCAACCGCAUCCCAGCAUGGUGGCCAAGAAACAACCGCAUUGACUACAAUAACAUAUUUUGCUCAUCACGGAAUGAUUUAUGUCCCAUUUGGAUUUGCCAACUCUGGAUUAUUUGAUAAUAGUGAGGUCAUUGGUGGAUCUCCAUACGGUGCUGGAACAAUCACUAAUGGGGAUGGUACUCGGCAGCCAUCCGAAAAAGAAUUGGCCAUCGCUAAGAACCAAGGUGAAAAUUUU